CUGAACGGUACUUGUGUGGAACGAGUGAUUCCUGGUAACAGUUGCAUGAUUGAGGAGCAAUGCUUGGACGAAUCGAACUGCAUCAAUAGCGUUUGCCUUUGUCCGUUUGGGACCAGAAAGCUGAACGGUCAUUGCGUUCCGGUGAAAGCGUCACUGCACUGUAAGGCCACUCAACUGGAAAUUGAUGACGAAUGCUUGGACUACUCGAAACCAGGUGGUAGUUGCGUCGUUAAUCAGCAAUGCCUAUCCAUGUCUACAUGUCCCAAAGGAACCUGCGAAUGCUCAUAUGGCUAUACGAACGUGAAGGGUUACUGCUUGAAAUUGGAAAUUGAACGAACAACCGAUUUGUGUAGAUCGAACGAGGUAACUGAAACUCAUUUUUCAGAUCGUCUUAUCACGCUUUCAUAA